AUGGAAAGCAAAUGGAGAGAAGAGGUCCUGAAAGAAUUGAAAAAGAUAGGAGAAAAUGUGGAGGAGAUAAAGAAAGAACUGAGAAGAGGAAGAACAAGAAGGGACACUGAAGAGCAGGUGAAAGUAGAGAGAAAAGGACCGGGAAAAGAAAAAGGGACACAAGAGGAAGAACUGAGAAAUGGCAACGAGCGGAAUCAAGAGAAAGAUCACCGACACAAGAAAAAGGCCGAAGAAAGACGAGAAGAGCGAAAUAAAGCAAAAGGAGAAAAUAGUGAUGAGCAAGAAGAAGCAGUGGUACCGGAAACAGAAGAGGGGGAGAUGAAGACAAAAAGGAGAAAAAACAAGGAGGAGGAAAAAGGUGGAAAUGAAGAGAGUGAAGGUGCGAGCAAGAACGAGGGUGAAGAGGACUGGAGGGAGAGAUGGAAAAGAAAAGUAGAAAGUGAGAGAAGAGAGAGGAGGAAAAGAAGCCUCGUUUGGAAAGGAGUAGGAGGCAACAGCACAGAAGAAAGAGCCAGGAGAGCAAAAAUUAUACUGCAGAUGGAGAUGGGAAAAAAGGCAGAAAUAAGAAAGACAACCGAACUGUAG